GGCUCGAGGUACCAGGGUUGGGUAGGAUCUGUCAUUUACAUUGCACCGUGCAUCAAGAUUUAGUGGAUGCAAAUCGGAUGCUGAAUUCUCGUACCUGACAAAGGGGCGUCACAACAGGCAAGCAGGUGUAGGCGUGGCAGAGAUGAGCGUCUCGUCCUGGUUCCUGGUGAGUGGCGGGGGCACGAGGCACCGCCUCCCCUGGGAAAUGAUCUUCGUUGGUCGGGACGACUGUGAGCUAAUGUUACAGUCCCGCAGUGUGGACAAACAGCAUGCAGUUAUCAAUUAUGAGCCAUCGACGGAUGAGCACAAAGUAAAAGACCUGGGAAGCCUGAAUGGGACAUUCGUGAAUGACGUCAGAAUACAGGAGCAGAUGUACAUUACUUUGAAAACCGACGACAAGUUGAGGUUUGGAUAUGAUACCAACCUAUUCACCGUGGUACGGGGAGAGCUCCAUGUUCCAGAGGAAGCGCUAAAGCAUGAGAAGUUCACCAGUCAACUCCAACUACAGACGGUGAAGCCUCCAGAAGCCGUGCCGGAACCCAGACCUGCCGCGGAGGUGAAGGCUGCAGCUGAGGGUGGUUCCGAGGGUACGGGUUUCAAACCUCCCGAGUCCAGCAAGGGGCCCGGGGAUGACAAGUUGACAGGGGACAUUGCUGUUUUGAAAAGGGGCACACCCCUGUACGGUCAGCCUGCGUGGUGGGGGGAUGGGGAUGCAGACGAUGAGAACUCUGGGAAGCAGGAUGGGAGGACCGGUAAUAAGAAGCAAGACAGACCUGAGUUAGAUGGUAAAGACCCAAAGAAGCCAACAGCGGAGGCCGUGGAGAAUGGGCUAUAUGCUUCAAGCCAGGAACCCAGUUACUUCGAGAUCCCCUCCCACACCAAGGAAGCCCCCUCCCAAGACCCAGAAGGUGCCACGGCCACUAACUCCGCCACCGCUCCCGAAGCGGCCUCCCUUGGCCACGCCUCCUUCACAAUUGAGUUUGACCCGCAGGCGUCCAGUAAGGUGACUGUUAAGGAUCGGGUGGCGAAGGUGGCGCCCGAGGUAAGGCCACGCCCCCCUAAGAAAGCUGCAGGAGAGGAGCUUAGUGCCCUGCAGACGGCCAUGGUAGCGGCCGAGGUUAAAGUAGCGGACUGGCUGGCCCAGAAUGAGAUCCCGUUGGCUCGUACAGAAUCAGUUGACAGGGUGGCUGAAGACGACGGUGAGAGUGUGAAGAGUGACGUGCCGGUUCAGCUGAGGAGUCUGAAAGGCAGUAAACACGAAGACGGCACCCAGAGUGACUCAGAGAACGCUGCCGCCUUCGGGGAGCAAAGACGGACCGCACUCGAGGACCACUCUCAGGGUUUAUGGGGCGGUCGACUAAAAGGACCCGGGGUCAAGAUCCGAGAGGGCCGGGCCAACGUUCCAGAAGGUCUCUUUGCCGAGGAGGAUAGUCCCGCUCGACGACACAAGUCCUUGGCUUCCAAGAUGGCGCCCAUCGGCGCAGAGAUCGGUGAGAGGGAGCGGACCGUAGGUUCAGCGCCGUACCACCGCAGCCAGCACCAACAGAUUGGACUUGGGGAGGGGUUCCAUCGUCGCCAUGGAGACGACCAUAGUGACCGGGGUACCUAUACGAUAGAGAUAGACAACGGAGAUAACGAGGAGGAAGAGGCGAGGCGAAUGAUUGACAAGGUGUUUGGUGUGGAAGACCACCAGGCCAUUUCCAGGAUGGGAAGCUGUCCUGACGUCCACAGAGACAGGCUGACCGCUCAACGACCCCGCUCCGGCGACAGAGGCAAGGCUGGACGCAUCGAACCAGAGCCUCUCCCGGAGGAGGUGGUAGUGGGCGGUCCUCGGUGGGUUUCUCAGUGGGCCACCCUGGCCGCCAGCCACAUCCGGACAGACCCAGAGGGCUCUGGAGCUGAGUCCCACGUCCACUACCACGCCGAGGACAGAGCUGAGAUCAGUGAGUCUAGUCACUCUGCUUCCAUGGCCUCCUCAAGCUACACAGAGCUUAAGAGGAGAACCCUUCCGCAGCUUCCGUUCACCGAGGAAGCUUCCCCAGGGGGCCGGAGAGGCCCCAGCCCAUCUCUACGCUCCUCCGACGUGGGGGAGAAACAGGACACGGAGCUCCAGGAGAAAGAGAACCAGGAGAUGGGUAGAGGAAAGAGGACCAAGUCAGGCGCAAGUGGUAGUGGUGCGGCUAGCCGGGCAGGUAGUGAAGGUGGAAGUGCCAGAGGAAGUCCGAGACGGGGCUCUCCGGCAAAGAGCCAGGACGCAGGAAGCCGAAAAGAAACUGCUUCAUCCAAACUACCUCCUAGGCCAGUGAGCAGCGGGGAGAGGAGGCUGGAGGAGGAAAGGAGGCGAAAGAAAGAGAUGGAGGAUAAGGCAAAGGAAAGGGAGAUUGCCGGGAAGCCGUUUCUGAGACAGGAGAGUUUUACCGUAGAGAGACCAAGCGCCAAUGUCCCCCAAGAACUUAUCCCACGGAUUGACUCCAAAACUGGGGUGCGGAUACUGACCAAGGAGAUUGGCGCAGAGAGUGCCAACCUGCAGAAGGACACUGAGGCCGUGGCGGCAUUUCUGGAGACAACCGUGUCAGAUUUGGGAGAUCCGAUUAGCCAGUCCAUCGAGGGGUCGGUGUCGCCCGAAUCGGAUGUCGACACCACCAGCACCAUUAGUCAGGCUGCAGGCGGAGGAGGAACGCGGAAGGUGGUCCACCAGAAGAGGCGUACCCUAGCCACCCAACAUAAAGAGAGGGAAAAGACAGUGCUGUGUGCCUCCACCAAGGGACCAUCAGGAACCAAAGAUACCCAGGACAGGAGGCCUAAAUCCAGGCCAUCCGCAGGGCAGGCGACUCGCCAGGGUGGCCGUCCCUGGGCGUCCCUGGAUCUCACAGAUGACGACGUGAACUCCAACUCGCUCUUCUCCGAUUCUCAAACCUCCAUACAGGAAGUCCGCUCUCACAGUUCUCACAUCCGGUCCCAGGCCGGAAGUGCCAGAGUGGAGGCUAGCACCAAAGCUAGCCGGGCUAAAAUCACCCAGGCAUCCAGCCCCACAACUACCCCCAGUAAACCCACCACCACCCAGCCCAGGGUGCGGCCCACUCGGGCCUCAAUACUCAGACGUGCACGACUGGGGGACUCCUCCGACACGGAAACGGCCGACCUAGACAGGAUGUCUAUAGCGUCUGAGGCUAGCACGGCUAGCUCCAGGUCGGCAGCUCCCGGACCGGGUUUGCGGAGGGGGCUUUCGCGGAUCGAGGCUCUGGCCCAGCCCCGGAGGCCCCGCGUGGGCUCGCCGUCCGCCCAGAGCGACUCAGAGGCCACAGGGGGCCGCAGCAGGGGGAUAGGUGCCCGUAGCGUUGCCACCGACUACGCCGUCCGUCACGGACUCAGAGGGGUCAGCAACACAGGAGGAGUAGUGACUAGAGCCAGGGCUAACAGUGCCUCCAAACUCACUGACAAGUCCAAGGGAUACAUCGCCCCAACAGGUCGGUGGCGCCGGAUGCCCAUGGAUUACGCCUCCACCUCUGAGGACGAGUUCGGCUCAAACCGUCACCCUUCCAAACACAGCGGACCCCCCGGGAAAUUUGCAUCGCCCCUGGUGACCCAGCUGGGCGGCUCUGCCCCGGCCACGCCCAGUCAGGGUGGUAUAGCAGCCCUGAGAGAGCAGUCCAGGGAACAGGAGGAGUACAUGAGAGACUGGACCGCUCACAGCGAAGAGAUAGCCAGGAUCAGUCAGGAUCUUGCCAAAGACCUGGCCAUGUUGGCCCGGGAGAUCCACGAUGUGGCCGGAGAGAUAGACUCAGUCAGCCCAGCUGCCAGUGCCGCCACCGACCCAGGAGCCACGCUGGAGGAGUGUGUGUUUGCCGAUGGCAUAGAUCUCAGGAGUGGACCAUCCACAGAGAGCAUUCUGGGAAAUAACAGCUGCCCUGUGGAACUGCGCCCACGCAAUUCUAACGGGCAGGGUACCCGUGCAAUCCGCCGGCAGACCUGGAAUAGAGAGGAUGCGGUGAUGGACAGCUUGCUGUUAGCGUCAGUGACCCAGCUCUCUACACGCAUACGCCAGUCUGUCGACAAAACAGCAGGCAAAAUCAGGAUAUUAUUCAAAGACAAGGAUCGGAAAUGGGACGAGAUUGAGAAUAAACUCCAAGCUGAGCACGACUCUCUGCUCCUGAAGACUUCCAGCACGGAGAUAACCACCAUCCUCCAGGACCUGAAGAGAGUGGAAAGACAGUUACUGGUGAUUGACGUGAUGGUGGAUCCGGACGGAACCUUGGACGCCCUGACGAGCCUUGGACUGACCAGUCCUCUGACCGACCUGCAGAGGGUCAGCCCUGGGGCCGCCGGGCCCUCGGCUGUGGGUCCCCUCCCCGGAGGUAGCGGUGGAGAGGGCCCUUCUAGCUGCUCGGUUUCGGCCCCUGGCGGUGGCCCCUCUUCGGCGGCCAAUAGCAGCUCUACCCAGGUGGCUGAGAGAGACAUGGGUCCAUGCAGGAAAAAGAACCUGGAUUUUCCCACUACUGGUGAGAAACAGGAGAACACCAUGUCUCAUAAAUGAAGACACUGGGUCAAGAAGGUGCAGCUUAUUAGAUGUACAAGAGUUAGAAGGGACCCCGAGCAAAAGGGUUGUGGAAUAAAUAUAGACUCUAACUACUAGGUAGAAAUAUAACGUGGAAGAAAGAGGUUUAUGAACUACAUUUAAAUAUCCAGACCAACUUCCGUUCGGAGUGGACACCCCACACAAGAAGCAUACAGUAAACUAACACUGACACUCACACAUACAGUGUCUUAUCAGUUUGUCUAUGUGAAAUAAUUUGGAGGCAAUUAUGAUGUUGUUCUACAGCUGUGAAUAAAAGGGUUGUGACACAAUCACACUGUCAACACAACACUGUACAAUACCACGAACUACCUAUGUUUCGAAUGAAUCUGUUUGCAUUUUACAGUGCUGCUGGUUGCGUUACACUCUGCUACAUUUACAAGCCAUGAAGUCACUGUGUUGACGGAUACGCUUGCAUUUGUUGGACUGCUGCCCGAUCCAUUGUCUGCUGCACCAAACUGCUAUGAAGAAAACAAAAUGUCUGCCGUUUUGAUUUCAGAAGAGAAUGCAAGUCAGUGUCUUUGUGAAAAUAUUCUA